GAGUGCCCCUGAUCCCGCGCAAGAUGGUGGCGGCUUCGAAUCCCGUGGUGGAAGUGCGGCGCGACGGGGACACGUGGACCAUCCGCAUGAACACCCUCGUGCGCACCGUCGAGUACGUCUUCGAGCCCGGCCAGACCGUCGAGACCGAGACCAUGGGCGGCAUGGCACAGAAUGUCUUCACAAUUGAAGAUGACAGGAUUAUGCAGAUUCAGAAAUCAGACACAUACACAACAGAAGUGAUCCGACAGUUCACAGAGGAUAGUUUAAUCAUGACAAUCACUCAUGUGGAAUCAGGUACAGUCUGCCAUCGUUACUUCAGGAGACUUUAGAACUUCAGAUUCACGUUUGCCAGGAAAUAAAGCGGCAUCCUUAUUUUUUGAGAAAGUCGGCCAUGGUCGCGUAGCAUUUUUUACAAGUUUGUUAGUAUAGAACAUAUAUUAUGCACAUACCCUAAUGUACAUGGAUAGAGUACACAAGGACAGGGAGAAGGAGAGGUAGAGGAGGAAUUGGAUAGGGAGAGCAGGAAGGGGGAAGAGGUAGAGAGAAGGGAGGAGGAAGAUGGAGAAGAAGAAUGGAGAGAGAAGAGAAGGAAGAAGAACAGGGAAGAAAGGGUGACAGAGGGAGAGAAGAAAGAGGGGCAACAGGAGAGGAAGAGAGAAAGAGGCACAGGUUUGUUUAUAAACUGUUCAUGGAUUACACAACACUUCAUGUCUUUCCUUAUAUGCAACAACUCAUGUUUUGUGAACAUUAUGCACAUAAAAAAGAGAAGUAAAGAAAUCUGUCAAUGUUUAUGCUAAUUCACACAGACUAUCACAACUGUUACUAUUUUUAACAUUUUAACAUUUGCAUUUUUCACUGCUUUACCCUUCACUAGAAUAAAUGACAUAUGCAACAUUGUAUUUACAACCUAAUAUUACUUUAGUCUGAACAACUAAACUUUUAACAUAGGAAUUCAUUUUAACAAGCUCUAAUGCUGAAAGACAAUUUUUGCAAAUGCAUAGAUAUAAAUAAACUAUUGCUGUUUCUGUAACAUUUAAGAACUGCAUUUAUUAUUGAUUAUUUUGAUACAUUUGCAUCUCCACUCAGUUUUUUCCUUUUUUAAAGAAAUGAAUACAGAUUUUUUUCAUCAAUCUGUGGAGUCUUCAGAACUAUAUUAUUUUGUAUUUAUUGAAAAAUUUCAGCCACAUUAACAUCUAAGGUCAUUAGCGCCAUAUUCAAAAUAUAGAGAUAUGGCGAGGCCUCACCAUAGAGCACCAUGAUAAAAUAUUGUGGUGAAAUGCAUAAAAAUGAGUUGAGGAUUUGGACAAAAUAAGUUAGAUGUCAAAGGUUGCAGAGCGCUGAAGGUUAGUAUGGUAUGUGAAAAGAGGGAGGAGCAAAUGGAGGCCGUUCAGGACUGACAUAAAGCCAGUCUUUCAUCCUUUCAGCACAGCUCUCACACUUUUGGAUGUGGACAUGAGAAGGGGAUGAAGAAAAGGAAAAAUGAAAGGGGUAGAGGAAAAAACAAUGCAAAAUUAGUUAAUGUGAGGGCUGAGGUCCAAGGUUGGGGUGAUUCCCUACCUUGGGCCUUAGUCUCCAUCUCCUAUGUCCCCCACAAGAAGAAAAAGGGAUUGGGGGAUUUCAGGAUGCUAGAUCACACAUUUCUUUCUCCAAAAACUGUAUUUGUCAUUUGCUGUUAUAUAGAAAAAGGACACGGCUUGGGCUCCCUUAAAGUAGCAGGAUCAUCCCUUCACUUUGGAGUCAGUGUUGUAUUUUAUAUACCAUGUCAAUUUAUAUUGAUAAUAAAUUGUCAUUCAAGGAAUUUGUGUAAAAAUACUUAAGAGAAAGUCCCUUUCAUCACAAAGAACAACUUCCUCAGUGAAUUAUGCAACUUAGUGUAAACAACUAAAACAUGAUUUUUUUUCAUGUACAUGACAGACAAUAUACACUUAGCUCUGCUGUGUGGGGUUAGGAUUUGGUAUUUUGUUGAUUUUGGAAGUGUUACACAUUUUCUUCGAAUGUAUAAUUUUGUGAGCAUGCACUCCUAAAUUACCUAUAAACAGAGAAAAGGA